AUGGUCCACACGCUCCCGACGACUAUUGGGACUGACACGUCCUCGACGACUAUUGGGGCUGACACUCCCUCGACGACUAUUGGGUCUGACACGCCCUCGACGACUAUUGGGACUGACACGUCCUCGACGACUAUUGGGGCUGACACUCCCUCGACGACUAUUGGGUCUGACACGCCCUCGACGACUAUUGGGACUGGCACGCCCUCGACGACUAUUGGGACUGACACGCCCUCGACGACUAUUGGGGCUGACACUCCCAGUUUCCCCCUGAAGCGGGUGUUCUUUCUGACGCGAAUUUCCUGCCGAGAUAAACCAGUUUUAGCGAGUUUAACGAGGCUGCCGACCCGUAUUGACGUGGGGGUAACUUCCCCCGAGUUAACAGAGGCAACCUGA